UUCCAUUGGCAUUGAGAGAGCAGAAAGAAAGGGAGCUGCUGAGCAGAGCAGAGCAGGGGGCUUAAAAAACAAGUAACCCCAGCAAGGCCAGGCAGGCAGAGGAGAGGAGAGAGUGAAGAGUCCAAAGCAAGAACACAAGAAGCGCAUGUGCAAGUGUGUGUGGGAUGAUGAUGAUGGCCACGCCACCGCACCACCACCUCCGCCGCAACACCGCCGGGUGAACCGGAGGAGCCAAAAGGAGAAAGAAAGCAUCAAUAUCAAGGGCAAGGGCAAGAGACCCAGUCUACUUUCUACUGGUCCCAGUGCUAGACUUCUAGUGCUCUAGAGAGAGAGAGGGGGAGGAGAUUGGAGGGGUGGCGCAUCGGCUCCAGCCGCCGGCGUACGGAAGCCGGCGAAUCUGUCCCUCUCCGGCGGCGCUUCGGCUGGGUGGAUCUAGGAGGAGGAGGAGCGGUUUCUUGCGGGGCGCACAGAGGGUUGAUGCUUCGUCGUUCUUCCCCCUCUGGAACUCCGGUGUUUGAGAUAUCCACUUUAUUCUAGCUUAUAGCUACACCGCAUUGUUCUACAAUACUAUCAUGGCAGUAAUGAGUUUAUGUGUGUAUAUUGGUAGUAUUCUCUUCACUUUGUGGUAACUUGGAGAUCAGAUGUGACAAAAAUGUACACAAAGGGGCCAUCAUCAGAUGUUCUUAGAGCAAGCAUUUCUAGUGCCCCUAGCACGUCUAGCCAUGGUUCUGCACCAGAUGACUGUGAUUCUUUAGGUGAUGUCUAUGUGUGGGGUGAAGUUGUCUGUGAUAACUCCGCACGAACCAGUUCAGAUACUGUAAUUAGAUCAACUGGGAAAACUGAUUUCCUCCUCCCAAAGCCAUUGGAAUCCAAUUUAGUUCUCGAUGUGUAUCAUGUUGAUUGUGGGGUCAGGCAUGCCUCAUUGGUCACAAGAAGCGGAGAGGUUUUUACAUGGGGUGAAGAUUCGGGAGGCCGCCUUGGCCAUGGAACACGGGAAGAUUCUGUCCAUCCCCGUCUUGUAGAGUCUUUAGCAGCUUGCAACAUAGAUUUUGUGGCAUGUGGGGAGUUUCAUACUUGUGCUGUGACAACAACUGGUGAACUUUAUACAUGGGGAGAUGGAACUCACAAUGUUGGACUUCUAGGACAUGGUACUGAUGUAGGACACUGGAUACCUAGGAGGAUUUCUGGAGCACUGGAAGGUCUUCAAGUUGCUUAUGUUUCUUGCGGGACCUGGCAUACGGCCUUGAUUACAUCAAUGGGUCAACUGUUUACCUUCGGGGACGGUUCAUUUGGGGUAUUAGGCCAUGGAAAUGUGAAGAGCAUUUCGUGUCCAAGGGAGGUGGAAUCACUGUCAGGACUGAAAACAAUUGCUGUUGCAUGUGGUGUAUGGCACACUGCAGCUAUUGUAGAGGUUAUCGUCACUCAGUCGAGUGCAACUGUGUCUGCUGGAAAGCUAUUCACAUGGGGAGAUGGCGACAAGCAUCGGCUUGGUCAUGGCGACAAGGAAGCCCGACUUAACCCUACUUGUGUAGCUUCACUUAUUGACUAUGAUUUUUACAGAGUAGCAUGCGGUCACAGCCUUACUGUAGGCUUGACAACUUCUGGAAAAGUGUGGACCAUGGGUAAUUCUGUUUAUGGUCAGCUUGGGAAUCCAAAUUCAGAUGGAAGACCAUGUUUAGUUGGAGAUAAGAUUACAAAUGAACAUGUUCUCCAAGUUGCUUGUGGUUCCUACCAUGUUUCAGUUUUGACAAGUAGAAGUGAGGUUUUUACAUGGGGCAAGGGAGCUAAUGGGAGAUUGGGCCAUGGAGAUAUAGAGGACCAGAAGGUGCCUACAUUGGUCGAGGCACUGAAAGAUAGAUCUGUUAGGCACAUAGCCUGUGGUGCAAACUUCACUGCUGCUAUAUGCCUGCACAAAUGGGUUUCUGGUGCUGAUCAAUCACAAUGCUCUUCAUGUCGACAGCCAUUUGGGUUUACUCGAAAGAGGCAUAACUGCUAUAAUUGUGGACUUGUCCACUGUAAUGCAUGCACCUCACGUAAGGCUUUGAGAGCAGCAUUGGCUCCUAAUCCUGGGAAACUUCACCGUGUUUGUGAUUCUUGUUUCUCGAAAUUGAAGAAUGCCUCAGACUCUAGUUCAGCUAAUAAGAAGAAAGAUCUUGCACCCCACCUUUCAGGUGAAAGCAAUGGUGAAGUUAGAGUAGGAAAAUCCAUCCUGCCUAGCAAUAUGGAUAUGAUUAGAAGUUUGGAUAGUAAGGCGGCAAAACAAGGGAAAAAAACUGAUGCGUUGUCAUUUCUCCGUAAUCCUCAAGUUAGUUCGUUAAUGCAGCUGAGAGAUAUUGCUUUCUCUGGUGGCAUAGAUCUCAACAGAUCAGUCCCGAGAGCAGUCCGCACAUCAGCAGUUCGGUCAGUAACCAGUUCAAGAGCUGUUUCCCCUUUCUCUCGCAAGUCUAGUCCACCACGUUCUACCACACCAAUUCCAACAACCCAUGGUCUUUCUUUCUCAAAAAGUGCUACUGAUAAUCUGGUGAAAACAAAUGAGUUCUUAAAUCAGGAAGUUGAGAGGCUGCGUGCACAGGUUGAUAACCUACGACAUCGUUGUGAGCAUCAUGAACUCGAGCUGCAUAAAUCUGCGAAGAAAGUACAAGAGGCCAUGACACUGGUUGCAGAGGAAUCUGCAAGAUCUAAAGCUGCAAAAGAAGUUAUAAAAUCUCUAACAGCACAGCUGAAGGAUAUGGCUGAGAGGUUACCACCAGAACAUGGUGCUUAUGAUUGCAAUGAAACAAAGCAAGUGCACAAUCAAAAUGGCAUGGAGCCACAUGUUGCUGUCUAUUCAAGCCUGAAUGGGGUUCACCAGUCACGGAAUGAGUUGCUCAAUGCCUCCAAUGCACAUAGUCCAAACUCUGCAAGAUCACCACAUCAAAACGGUAUCUCGAGUCAACACAAAUUACCGGGUAAUAUUAGUGAAAAUAGUGAAGGCAGCACUCACAGCCUUAGAAUUACCAGCCCUCACGAAUCUGAUCGUCCUCAUCGAAGGGCACACAGCAACAGCGACGAGAUGCUGUCUGCAAAUAGCAGAGCUGAUGAUAAUGUCAGCAUCGAUGCUAGGUCCCUUCAAAGUGGUGAGGAUGGCUACAGGCCUCGAGGCACAGUAUCAAUAUCUAGCAAUCAAGUACAGGCUGAGUGGAUUGAACAGUAUGAGCCAGGUGUCUACAUAACGCUCACAACCCUCCGUGAUGGGACCCGGGAUCUGAAAAGGGUUCGCUUCAGUCGAAGGCGAUUCGGGGAGCAUCAGGCAGAGAACUGGUGGAACGGGAACCGCGAGAAGGUGUACGAGCGAUACAAUGUGAGGAGCUCCGAGCGCGUGUCGUCUGCAGCCUCGACCCGGUCGGCCUACUGACCAUGAGAAGAGGAUAUACGACCAACCACCCCCAGCAGCAAAUCAUCAGCAAAAUUGAUGAGGUCAUACAGAACAUAUAUACCGGCGCUGGAGACUGCCAUAUAUAUGCCGCCGCGAUUUUUUGUCGCCUUUUGAUAAUAUAUACAUACUACAACAUUAAUUGGUAGGCUGGUAGUCAAGUUUUGGUUGGUUGGUGUUUGAAUGUCACCUGAGGGUGUAUCAUGGGACCUACUAUACCCUGGUGUAAUGUACAUACAAAGGAUGAAGUACGAAACACAAUUGCAUCUUUACUUUAAUCGCCAUGUUGUAUAAUACAUCACGCUAGCUAGCCAGUGUAGCUAGGUGAAGCUUUUUUUUCUCUUGUUAUUGCAGUUAUAUCUUUUUUGCA